ACGAAACAAUGAUAGGCGAGCGCGGCGCGCAGCUGUCCGGCGGGCAGAAGCAGCGGAUCGCGAUAGCGCGCGCGCUCGUGCGCCGCCCCAAGAUCUUGGUGCUGGACGAGGCGACGUCCGCGCUCGACUCGCACAGUGAGGCCAAAGUGCAGCGCGCGCUCGAUGCCGCUUCGCAUGGGCGGACCACUAUCAUGGUUAGCCAUAGGUUAGCAACAGUGUUAAACGCAAAUCGCAUAGUAUUCAUCGAGAAAGGCGAAGUAGUAGAAGAAGGUACUCACGAAGAAUUACUAGACCUAAGAGGUCGAUACUACCAACUUGUGUUGCAAAAUGAACCGAGCAUUGCGCCCAACCCUAACGCACCUGAAGCAGAACAAAAGAAACCUAACUUUGAUCCAACCGCAGAUACGAAGUUUCGUAGAGCGAAACUUCAGAAGCUCGAAUCGGUUGAUUCCAUCAAGAGUUCAUCAGCUAAUGAGGACUCUGGUUCUGAAGACAGCGUUGUGGUUGAUGAGGUACAGCAGAAAGACUUCGAACCGACAACCUGGCAGAUACUGAAGCUCUGUGAGCCUGAGAAGUGGUUGAUGCUUAUUGGCGUGUUGGCGGCCAUUGCUGUGGGUUCGUCGUUUCCAUGCUUCGCUGUGCUGUUUGGUGAAACUUAUGGUCUUUUAGAAAGUAAGGAUGAGGACUAUGUUCGAUCAGGAACCAAUGUAAUAGCAGUGCUUUUCCUGCUCGUCGGCGUGUAUACGGGCUUUGGUAUCUUCUUCCAGAUAUUCAUUUUCAACUUGACAGGCGUCAGACUGACUGCACGACUAAGGGUGGGCGCAUUCCGUGCGAUGCUGAAACAAGAAAUGGGCUGGUUCGACAACUCCGUCAACGGUGUCGGUGCGCUCUGUGGUCGGCUUGCAGCUGACGCAGCUGCCGUGCAGGGGGCGACCGGCACCCGCAUCGGCGCGCUAAUGCAAGCGACAGCAACCAUCUUCAUCGGUAUCUCCCUCUCGCUCUAUUACACGUGGAAGAUGACGCUCGUCUCGCUCGUGUCGGUGCCAAUGGUGAUCGCGGCCGUGGUGCUCGAGAGCCGCGUGCUCGCCGAGGGCAUCGCGACCGUGCGCGAGGCGAGCAACCGCGCGAACACAAUAGCGACAGAGGCGAUCACCAACAUACGCACGGUGUCCGCGUUCUGUGGCGAGGAAGGCGUGCUGGCGCGGUACCAAGCGGCCGGCGCGAGCGCGCACGCGGCGGCGCGCGGCUCCAUGCGCUGGCGCGGCGCGGUGUUCUCGUUCGGGCAGACCGCGCCCGUCGCCGGCUACGCGCUGUCGCUGUGGUACGGCGGCAUACAGGUCGCCAAUAAGGAGGUGCCCUAUAAGGAUGUCAUUAAGGUGUCAGAGGCGCUGGUGUUCGGCGCAUGGAUGAUGGGGCAAGCGCUCGCGUUCGCGCCGAACUUCGGCGCGGCCGUGUUGGCGGCGGGCCGCGUGAUGACGCUGCUCGCGCGCCGCCCGCUCGUCGAGACCACGCACGCGCCCUCCGUGCCGGAGAACUUUGUAGCCGAGGGCAAGAUCCAAUACAAGCAUAUAAAGUUUCGAUACCCGACGCGGCGCGAGGUGGAGGUGCUGCGCGGGCUCUCGCUGGUGAUUCCGAGUGGCAAGCGUGUCGCACUCGUUGGGCCCAGCGGCUGCGGCAAGUCCACGCUGAUGCAGCUGCUGCAGCGGCUGUACGACCCGGACGACGGCGCUGUGUACCUGGACGAGCACAGCAUAGUGGGCGACAUGCGGCUGUCGACGCUGCGCGCGAACCUGGGCAUCGUGUCGCAGGAGCCGGUGCUGUUCGACCGGACCAUCGCCGAGAACAUCGCGUACGGGGACAACUCGCGCGCCGUGCCCAUAGAGGAGGUCGUUAAGGCGGCCAUGGCGGCUAACGUGCACACUUUCAUUGCUGCCCUGCCGGCCGGCUACGACACGCGUAUCGGCGCACGCGCGUCGCAGCUGUCGGGCGGGCAGAAGCAGCGCAUCGCCAUCGCGCGCGCGCUCGUGCGCAACCCGCGCGUGCUGCUGCUCGACGAGGCCACCUCUGCGCUCGACACGCACAGCGAGAAGGUGGUACAAGAAGCGCUUGACCGCGCGAGCGAAGGCAGAACGUGUUUGAUAAUAGCGCAUCGUCUCGCCACCAUACAGAACGCGGAUAUGAUCUGCGUCAUCGACAAGGGCGUGGUCAGCGAGAUGGGCACGCACCAGGAGCUCAUGAAGCUCAAGCGGACCUACGCGCGCCUGUACGAGCUGCAGUGCGGCUUUGUGGAGGAGAGCGAGGAGAAUAUUCGCGAAGAAGCUGAAAACUGAAUUCUAUUGAGAAUCACGCCUAACUUGCCAACUCCCGGUCUACCCUCGUACUUUUUUAUAUCCCCCUAAUUCCUUCCCCCAUAAAAAAACCAUACACUUACUCCAUAACUCCUGUUCCUUUACAGCUAAGAGCUUGUGUUUAUACACCUAGGCUACACGCGCCUUUUCAAACUGUAUUAUAUGUAAUGACACUUGAAAAAUAAAACUCGAAUUUUGGACGGAUCAAGAAUGAACAUGACAAAACUUAAAUCAUGAAUUGCCAACAAUAAUACUUGUUAACAAAUGAAAAUGAAUUUUGCUUCGAUAAAGAAUUUUAUUUUAAACUUUCGAUAUUUACAAAGACGAUCCUGCUUAGUAAAACAAAAGAGAUCUUUGUUUUUAUUUAGCGGGAGUACAAUUUAACAACUGUAAUGUCAAUAAAAUCAAGGCCCUGCAGAAUAAUUUCAAACUUGGGAAAUACCUAACUUUUAGGACUCUUGUGACUUCGAGGUAAAGACGACCCAAUGUUCUUAUACUUAGCCUGAAUUGCCUUGUUUUUUUUAAAUUUAGAAUGCGUUUACGCAUACCGAUUGCCUGUAAUAGGACAGAAUAACUAAUGCUUUGGAGUUUAUACAAACAUGGGUAUAUUUUCAUAUUCCCUGAGUUUGUAAUUAUUCAAAUGCAUUAAAAAAACAUUAGGUAAGAAUACGACUGUAUCAAUCUUACUAUUUACUGUGAAACAUAAUAAUUUAUGAAAAUUAUGUUAUGAUUAAAAGCGGAAAUAACACAUGUAAUAUUUUUACUUGUCGCGUCUCAACUCGAUAUUUGCGAUCGUUUUACGUUUUUUAAUUGUGUUUAUUUAUAAUUGUGUGAUGAAACACUAUUCGCUAUCAUUUAUAUCGUCUUGUAAUAAUGCCAAAAUAAGAUUUAUACUUUUGUAUAAAGACAAUCAAUAAAUGGAAAUUACACAUUAUAUAUUGGCUUAUCUAUAUAGUAUUUCAAUACUUUUAUUUACUGUAAAAUAAACAAACAUAGGUAGGUACUGUAUUUUCUAUUAAAACAAUUUCACUAUUUUUAUUUAUACUCGUCGCUAUGGAAUUUAAUAAAGAUAAUAUUUGAAAUGCCUUUUUUCGUUAUAUUAUUCUGUAAACAUAUUUUUUUUAAUUCCAGGUAAUAUUAAUUUUAAUAAUACUCAUUUUGGUUACAAAUGAUUAAUGUAACAUACGUAACUGAAAAUUGAAAUGAAAGCUGUUAAAAAUUUUGGUUAUUCAUUUUACGUCAAAUAUUCGCAUUAUUGAAGUGAUUUUGGAAUACCAAAUAUUAUGAUAGGUUCACAUACUCACACCAGAGUACUGCAAGUUCUUUAGGAUUUUAGAAACCUCAUUGCCUAUCAAGCUUACUAUUUAUAGGCUGU